AUGGCUUUUCGCUCCGUCGUCCUGGCCUUGGCGGUAAACCUCGUGUGUGCGGACUUCGUGUAUGACGACAAGCUGGGGGCGGGGAAAUCCCCGGUGCUUCCGCUGGGAAGUGCUGACCGAUUUGUGCGCAGCGCCUACGAGAUCACCCGAACCACUACGGGUGCCUUGGGGAUUGUGGGCGGUCAGCAUUCCCAGCUGAUCUUGGAUUUUGGCGAUCAGGAGCCCAUGCUGGCCAUCGACUUGCACACCGUCCGCGAUCCCAAGAGGUCCGAGGAGCGCCUUGAUCUGGGCGCCAUCUUCGUGCUGCGGAUCCCCUUCGAGGACGUGAGCAGCUCGAAGAAAAUGAACUCGGCCAACACCAUGACGCAGGAGGAGCUGAAAGCAGCCAAGGCCACGAACCCCAACUUCGCGGCCAAAUCUGUGUACCGGGAGAUGAGCAUGGGUCGGAAAGUGUCAGAAAGGGAGGUCUUCUCUUUCCUGCGGGUUUGGCACAAGCUCUUUGCGCACCGCUACGGCAAGCUGAGCUUCAAUUGCCAGGUCAUGAUUGGUGCUGCCUGGUCGUACAUGAGCGGGGGGACCCUGACAUGUCCCAACUGCCAUCUCUUCAGCCUGCCGUCGGGCGACGAGAUCCACGCGCUGUUUGAGAUGACCAAAGAGCGGCAACACGCACUGGCCAUGGGCUCGGUGGAGCACACCCAUGGCCUCAUGGUGGACACGCUGGACACUUUGAACGGCGAGUGUGGCUUCCGCGACCGGCUGCUGAUGCCCAACGUCUCCGCCUUCCCGUCUCCCCGGGCUUUGCCCUUGACGAAGCACCAGCUCUCAGGGGACGGCACCGCGGUGUUCCGCGCCUACACGCUGGGGCUGCACCACAUCGGCUCCAGCUUCGACUUCUCCGAGCACCCGGAGGUCUUCCGCGGGGACCUGAGCUACGCCAAGCGCGCCUUCACCUCUGCGGAGCACGCCUUGCUGUACCAGGACGAUGACAACCAGCUGGAAAGGGCCGCGCGCACCAGCAUCAAGGUGGGGCCGUUUGACCUGGCGCUGAAUCUGGGGGGCAGCCUCUUCAAGUUUUUGCUGAAUCUCCCGGGGCAAGAGACGAGCAGUGCCACGGUGAACACCGGCAUGGAUCUCUUGCGGCAGAUGGAUCUGGGGCGGCGCAUGGUCAAGGUCGGUGACCAGGUGAGUUACAGUGGCCGGCAGCGAUUCACCUACGCCGUGACCGACACGCGCCUGGAGAUUGCCACCGGCGGCAUGCUCGACUCAUUGAAGAUUCCCUUGGGGAUCACUGGGCUGCUGUCGAAGACGAUGAAGUUCGACCUCUUGAGUAAGCACAACAUGCACGCAGGCUCCCGCAAAGACUUGCGCUAUGCCGGCGAGGUGGUGGUCAUCAACAAGAACCCCGCACAUGCGAACAAUGUGGAGCUCUGGACCGAGGAGGAUGAGUAUGAGAUGGUCUUUGACAACGGCUCGGGGUCGUACAAGCCUUACUGGCCGGCACCCCAGUUAGAGGAGCUGCUGCAUUGCAACCUCCCGGACGUGCCCGGGAAGUUCUCCAUCCGCGUGAUGCGGGGCUCCUUCGGCGCCGACCAAGCCACCUUGGACGCCUACUGCGACGUGUGGAAAGGCGUGGACGACAUCCCAGAGGCCGAGGAGUGCAAGCGGUCGCUGGGCUUCGUCGCCGUUCAGCCGGAGGUCCACAGGUGCUGCGGUUCGAUGAAGUCAGAGGAGGGCAGCUGCACGUGGAAGUGGUCGGGCGCCAACGACUGCGUGGAGGUGCCUGGGCAUUGCUGCCAGGAGACCGUCGUGAGCCAGCCCGGCGCCUGUCUGGCCGAGCCGACCUGCAAGGCGCAGAUCAUGUCCCACAGCAACGCGAAGGCCUUCCUGAACAAGGCGGACGCUGGUUUGAAGAAGUUGUGGGGCGGCAGGAGGGACGAGUGCUGGGCGCGGCAAUGGCGCACGCGCAUGUUCGACUGCUUUGCAGCCCACCAGGUGGGCACCCCGAUGAGCCUGCGCACGCAGACGUAUAUGAAGGAGUUGAAGGAAUACUUUGAGAGCGACCCUUCCCAUGCGAAAAGGUGGACCGCGUACCUCGACAACCUGCAGGAGAACUUCCAUGUGGAGCACAUCACUCUGGAGCACCUGAAGGAUGGGCCUACGAAUUUGGGCAAGGACAUCACCGUGGCGCAGUGCAUGCUGCCCUUCCUCAACAAUGCCUUCUCUUACGUGCCCUUGAGCCUCAAACUCUCGAACUUUCUCAAGGUGGGCGUCUAUGACCCCUCGGAGGGCCGCAUCUAUGGGGCCAACCUCCGGAAGUUGUGGCUCCAGUACCACCAAUACAUCUUCAACGAGCUCGACUACAAGGGCGAGAGCUACAAGACCGGCCACGACGGAGAAGAGGGCUGUGGGACGGAAUUGACAAUUCCCAGGGCCGCUGACGAGUGGGGCAACGCCGUGUCCGAGUCCGAGGUGGAGACUGAACCGGAGACCUUUGAGCUGCAGCUCAGCGCGGCAGAGCUGGCGACCUUGCAGCUGACGGACCGGCUCGGCACAUUCGAGGUGCAGUGCGGCGCAGUCGUCACCGGCGAGGAUUUCGCUUAUGAGAGCUCCCUCUCUGGGUCCAUGAUCGUAGCGGUCCAUGGAGUCCCCACUUUGCACAGGUCCUUUGAGGACACAAAAGCCAUGAUCUCGAAGAGCCUCCAGACUGGGCCCGUGCGACUGAAGUUCCAGCGAGUGAACCCGGGCUUCUGCAACAGGCAGCUUGACGAAUGUCAGGACCGCAUUCCCAUCCCGGGCUCGGAGGACUGGGCGCGGUGCUGGUACACCAAGGGAGAGCAAGCCUGCGGGGAGUACUGCUGUUGCCCCAGCGGCUACCAGUACUACACCAGCUAUUUGUCCUCUGGCUGCAGCAGAUGCCCAUCCGAGGGACAUAGCAAUGUAGACGCUGGCUUUGGAGAUCUGCCGGGGAUCGUCCAGGACACGGGCCGGCUGUUGACCUCGGAGUCUGUGAGCCACAUCGAUGCCUGCGAGCGCGCCGGGGAGACGGAGGCCGUUGAGUUGGACGAUGAAGACUUGGUCAUAGAGGCGAAGCAAUCAACGCAGAGUGAUGGUGGCUCCGUAGAAAGCGCCAGUGAUGUGAAUAUCGAACUCGCAAGUCCGGGCACCACCUCAGACGUUUCGCCGAAGUCCUCCACCUCGCGGUGCAUGCCCAAGGAUAAGAAGAAGAAGAAGAAAGCGGAAGCUCGAGGGAUUGUGUUGAACGCCGGCGGCGGACAAUCAGGAUCCGAGGAUGAUGUCGACGUCGUGACUUCAGCAGCUCUAGGCAUCAACAUCGACAAUCCAGGGAAGAUCCAGGACUUCUACGAUCUCGGGAGGGUCCUAGGCGAAGGCUCCUUCGGCGCAGUUUUCAAGGCCUCGGUGAAAGCCACCGACGCCAUCCGCGCCGUGAAGCGAAUCCCGCUGCCCAAAGCUGGCCGCGAUAGAGACACGCGCCUGGACUUCCUGAAGGAGGAGAUCCGAGUUGCCAAGAUGUUGGAUCAUCCGAGUAUCGUGAAGCUUUUCGAAGUCUUCGAAGACAGCAAGAGUGUCUACAUGGUGAUGGAGCUGUGUCGAGAUGGCGAUCUGGAGGAACAUGUCCAGGAGGGCGGCAUCGAAGAGUUGGAUGCUGCCACGGUCAUGCAGCAGAUCCUCCGGGGGGUCGCCUACAUGCACGUGCACAGGAUCUGCCAUCGUGAUCUGAAGUCCGAGAACAUGCUGCUUGUCCUGCAGCCGCCGGCGAAGAAGGGCAGCAAGCAUAGCCACUCCAAGUUCGAGAGCGCUAUCCGCAUCUCUGACUUCGGGCUCUCCUGCACUUUUGAGGAGGGUCAAAUGAUGAAGCGGAACUGCGGCACUGACAGCCACAAGUCCCCUCAGGUCUACGCACAUAGCUACACGCAGAAGUGUGACGUGUGGGCCUGUGGCGUGAUUAUGUACUACCUUUUGAGUGGCAAAAUGCCAUUUGAGGGAAGAGAUGCGGAAGAGCUGCACAAGAAGAUCAUGAACGGCAAGGUGACGUGGUGCCAGGAGUGGAUGCAACGAUCCGGUGAGGCCAUGAACCUCGCCCGGCAGCUCCUGCACCCCAACGAGUCCAGCCGCACCGAGGCGGCCCAGGCACUCAAGCACAAGUGGUUUGCCAAGAAGGUGCCACGCAGAAGGCUGGCGGCGGUUGACGAGGCGAUCCUAUCGAGCCUACGGGGCUUCAGAAAGCUGAACAAAUUCCGGAAGGUCUCGCUCGCUGUCAUCGCCAGCAUGCUGCCGGAGAAGGUGAUUCGCCCUGGCCGAGACUUGUUCGUGUACCUGGACAAAGACGGCGACGGGGAGGUGACCCUCACCGAGCUCCGCGAGGCGAUGCAGGAGCUCAAGACCAAGCCGCCCGAUGCCGCAGGUGUCUCCGAGGAUAUCUUCUCCGCCCAAGGCUACAGGGCGGGUAGCAAGGAGAGCAAGUCCAAAGCGGUGCUGCAGAAGCAGGACUCCUUUCAGGCGGACCAAGCCUUCCCGGCCUUCAGCUACACCGAGUUCAUCGCUGCCACCUUCGACCGUGGGAGGCACUCCACCGAGGCGGUGUGCAAGGCCGCGUUUCGAUGCUUUGACAAGGACGGGUCCGGGCAACUGGAGCCUUCGGAGCUGGUGGAUGGCUAUCUCUUAGGAAAGCUCGAGCCCGAAGAGGUAGAGCAGAUUAUGCAAGAGCUCGACGCCAACGGUGAUGGUGAAAUUGACUUCCAGGAAUUCAUGGCAAUGAUGUCUCACCAGGAGCGGAAAGGGUGGGAGGAGGAGCUCGGGAGAUUUGGCAGGUUUGCAUGUAGGUAG